GCCCUGCAGGCUCCGCCCCAAGAUGGCGGCGCCCUGUGCUCGGUGCCGCGACCCGCUCGUGCUCGCCCUGCAGCCGUAGGCCGGACGGCGCCCGCGGGCUAUGGACCGGCCUGGCCUGACCGCCUCGCUGCUGGCUGGUGGUGUAGCAGGUGUUUUUGUGGACUUGAUAUUAUUUCCACUGGAUACCAUUAAAACCAGACUGCAGAGUCCCCAGGGAUUUAAGAAGGCUGGUGGCUUUCGUGGAAUAUAUGCUGGCGUUCCUUCUGCUGCUAUUGGAUCCUUCCCUAAUGCUUCUGCUUUUUUUAUCACCUAUGAAUAUGUGAAAAGUUCUUUGCACACUGAUUCAUCUUCAUAUUUGGUGCCUGUGAAGCACAUGUUGGCUGCCUCGGCUGGAGAAGUGGUUGCCUGCCUGAUUCGAGUUCCUUCUGAAAUAGUUAAGCAGAGGGCACAGGUAUCAGCUUCUUCAAGAACAUUUAAAAUUUUCUCGGACAUCCUGUAUGAAGAGGGCAUCCAAGGAUUAUAUCGAGGCUACAAGAGCACAGUUUUGAGAGAGAUCCCUUUCUCAUUGGUCCAGUUUCCAUUAUGGGAAUCCUUAAAAGCCCUGUGGUCCUGGAGGCAGGACCGGGCGGUGGAUUCUUGGCAGUCGGCAGUCUGCGGAGCUUUUGCAGGCGGAUUCGCAGCUGCAGUCACCACACCGCUGGACGUAGCAAAAACCAGAAUCAUGUUGGCCAAGGCUGGAUCCAGCACCGCGAGCGGGAACGUGCUGUCAGCGCUGCACGGAGUGUGGCAGACGCAGGGACUGUCAGGAUUGUUUGCAGGUGUGAUCCCUCGCAUGGCAGCCAUCAGCCUGGGUGGGUUCAUCUUUCUCGGGGCCUAUGACCAGACUCGCCGCUUGCUGCUGACACUUGGCACAGAGCACCUCUGAGAUAGCCCUGCACCCACUCCUCCCAGGAAGGGGACGGCGGGUCCCUCCUGCUGAGCGGCACAGCCCAGACAGGCCGAAACCCGGUUCUGCUAAGGUGAGGACGUGGAGAGGCCUCUUCCGUGCUCCAGGCCCAUGAUGUCAUCAGCCUAUUUGGCCAAAACGCCAAGAGAAAAAAAGACUUUGGAUGGUUUUUCCCAGAACCUCUUGGCUGUGUAACGCCAAUUCCAGGGCCCGCAGAACUUUGGCAUGAUCUGUAUCUGCUUUCUGAUUUCCUGCAGCUUGAUGGCAACGUGCAGUGGGAGGUGAUUAUGGUCUAAAAGCAAAGGAGACUGGGCGAGAAAGUUGUGGGUGGGUAUUUCUCCCAGGUCUAAUCCCUAUUGUGUAAACUUAAGAGUUCUGCUUACGGGAUGGACUACAGGUGCGUAAGCAGCAUUCCGAUUGUGUAACCAGGCCGCUGUUUCUGCCGGCCUCAGGUUUCACUUCGAAGAACACACCAUUGUAUUAGUUUCCAGAGCGGUGUCCAGAUGCCCCAGCCCAAGUGACCAGGUGGCCCAACUGGCUUCAGGGCCCGGGCCACUCAUUUCUUUAUCCUGAGUCAGGUUUGCCGCCUGCAGUUAUAAGCCCAACACUGGCCACGGGAGGGUGGAAAGCUGCCACUGCUCACUUGUCUAAUAAACUCCAGGUGUUAGAAACAUGUAGCAAGAAAUCUCAGGAAUCUAGUGGUGUCGGGUCUCCCCCGGAGCACUAGCAGCAGAGGAUUCCUUUUGGGGUAAAAAGGUAAUUACGGGCAGACCGACUUCAUCUGUAAGAGCAGCUCGGAAUGGAACUAAAGCAGUGCUGGUUAAUGCGGAGGAAAUGACCCCAGCCACAACUCGUGUUUAUGAAUGAACCUUUAUUAGAGACACUUCAUCGCCAUCUGCUAGACACUUCAAUAUUUUUUCAUGUUUUUCAAUGUACACUGUACCAAAAUUCUAUAAAUAAAUAGCUUUUAUGUACAAAGUAAUACUUCCUCUUUCACAUUGCCUCUCAGAAGCAGCAAAUUCACAUGUUUUGUGGAAGUAACAAACUGUUGA